UGUACCGACUUUUGAGAUAUGCUGCAGGUGUUGGAGACACAUUUAUCGAAGUAGGUCAUCAUCGAAUAACAAUUUUUGAACCAAGCCAGCCCUAUAAAAGCGAAAGUAUGUCUUGUCUUCAACAUCAGUAUUCAUUCUCUCAUCUUCAAACCACUACCACAGCUCAGUAACUACUAUUAAAAUGUACUUCAGCAGUGUGAUUUUGUUGCUACUUGGCUCCUAUGUCUGUUUGAUCAACGGUCUAGGCGGCAGUAGUGGCGAAGGUAACGAUUAUACGUGGGGUGCUAAAUUAACAACCGAUACCCUGAUUGCACGCGAGGUCAUAGCUAAAACAAAGAUGCUGCUGCAAACCACGACUAAGACAUAUACGCUGACCCAGGCAGGCACGGCCAUGACUAUAAGCUAUAUAAAUAUAACGGAUCUAAAACGGAAGCGCGGUGCAACUGCGGAGAUCACUUCUGGCGGUGUAGGUGACACGACAGUGACAAUCAAAUUUACUUCUUCAAGGGGAUCCGGCAUUAAAUCUCAAGUGGAAAUAUAUGGAGCAUGAUCGAAUGAUUAAUUAUAAAACUCUAUGGUAAAAUAUCUCACGAAUGUUUUGUUGUGCGAUGAUUUAAAUCAUAAACAUUUUAAGUGUAUUAUAGAUUAUUUGCGGCUUAGCUAGUUUUUGGUUUUAAUAAAAAAAAAAACAACAUAAAAUAUCCUACUAUUAUUAAUAAUAUUCAAUACAUUUAAGAAGGACGAAUACUUUGCCAGCAAUAAACUUAAAAAACCUCAAUUUUAUAAUUCUUACCUAUGGAUAUACAUUUCUGAAAGUAUGUAUUAUGUACAGUCGAUUUUUUUACUUAGAAGAACUACAUGUUUAAGUAGUCAUUGCGCAGUUUUGCAACGAUUUGCCAAAUAUAUUCAGACUGUUCAGUUUUAUUCUUACUUACCAAAUACCAAACCAUAGCCAAAAAUAAUCGAAAUCGGAUCAUUAUAUUAUAUAUGUUACUUAGAACAAAA